AUGCAGGUGGCUACUUCAACUAGGUCGUCCAAUUCAAAAGACGACCGUCCUUACAAAUGCACGAUGUGUGAUAAAUCCUUCCAUCGUUUAGAACACCAAACGAGGCACAUCAGAACCCAUACAGGUGAAAAGCCUCACAAAUGUACCUUCGAGGGAUGUCCAAAGAGGUUCUCUAGAUCAGAUGAAUUAACCAGACAUUUGAGAAUCCAUACCAAUCCAACAGUAAGGAAGAAGAGGAAACCAAGAAAAACCAAAUUGCAAAUGCAAGAGGAACGUAUGAGACUGCAAAGGGAAAAGGAACUUAAAGAACUAGAAAAUCAGCGACAAAGACUACAGGUGGAACAGCAGGAAAGGGAUUUACAACAGCAGCAUUAUCCUCAAAUAAUGCUCAACAAUGAAAAGGUGUCUCCAAUGUCCCUACCUCCAAUUCUUAGUACCAACCAUCAGCUGAAUGCAUCAAAACCAUUAUUAGUGAGAAACUUGAGUGCUAAUUCUUUGCCAUCAUAUUAUCCACAGCCUUCACUUCAGGUUCCCUCAAAUACCCAAAUGCCCCCAGUUCCACCCUCUUUAAUUUCCCCAUAUUCGGCUAGUCAAUCUUUGAAUAAAUCAUUUUCCUCAUCCAGAACAAACAGCACAAACUCAUUGGCUUCUCUGGAUUCUUCCUUUGGCGCUUCAUCAAGCACUACUACGUUGUCCUCCUUCAAUAACAAAUCAUUCAUGCCUUUGUCAAGGUACGGCUCGUUCUCAAGGUUGAGUAACACUCCUUAUAAUUCAACAUUCUCAUUAUCUACAAUGCUGAAUAGCACACCUUCAUCUCUCUCAAUUUCUGAUGAACGUCCAACAAAAAGAUCAAGACCCAAUUCUCCUAAAAAUUCGUCCCUUCGUCCCAUGUUUCAUGUAUCUUCGCCUUCUUCAACACCAAUUUCAACGCCUCAUCAUUCACCAAAGUUGAACCCUCAAAAUACCACUACCAAUAAUAAGACGGUAUUACCAUCUAUCAAAUCUAUCAUUAAUAAUGAUGAUUUUGGUAACUAUAUGAAUCACACUCUCUCCUCGAGAAAUCUGAUGAUUCCUAACGUUGCUACUUCAAAUGAUGAAACAGUGAAAAAUAUACUAAAUAGAGGCAUGUCUCAUGAUAUGCUCUCUCUGAGAAGAUGA